GGUGGCUCAGUUGGUUAAGUGUCUGGCUUCAGCUCAGAUCCUGGGAUCAAGCCUCAGCAGGGACCCUCUUUCUCCCCCUCCCUCUGCCUGCCACUCUGCCUACCUGUAUGCUCACAGGCUCUCUUUCUGUCAAAUAAAUAAAUCUUUUUUAAAAAAUUAAAAAGUUAAUGAUCCCUCUUGACUAUGGUCUGAAUGAGAGACAUUAAUGAGGCCCAUCCUAUAGUUAAAGAAGCAUUUGCCUAUAGAUCUGUGAGUCUUCAUGACUAAUGGUCUACCUGGGUCAAGCUAGAAAAGUAACAGAAGCAAUAAGCCUGUGUGAGUUGAAAGAGACUGAAACCUAGGAGUGAGGCUUGCUCAAUCCUGACUCUCAUUUAGAUGCCAAGCCAAGUUCUAAGGAGGGCCUGGGAGGAGGAUGGUUAAUGUGAGGGCCCUUUACUGAAGGAGAAGUAAUCACACCAAAAAACUGCUACCCUUUGAUCCCCAUGUCUCACCAUUUUGCUUUUGAGUUGUUUGAUGUGUUUUCAGCCUUAAACAUUUUAAAAAGAAUCCUUCAACUUUUGAGAAUGAACUAAGAGGAGGUUACUGUUGCCCCUACACCAGCACACCAAGUAUGCUUUUGUCUGAUAUCACAGCCCUGGCCUUGUGUCCAACACUAAGAACCACCGUAGAAAGUCUCAAAAGAAUCAUGCUUCAAUGUGGAGGUCCCAGGAGAGCGGAACUUUAACAGCUGGGCUGAGGCGGAACAGAGUCUGGACGGAAAGCAAACUUCCAGAAAGCGGCGGGUUGAAGACUUCCGCCCCGCAGAGAAUUUGCCUCCACCCCCACCCAGCCCCUUACGCCCAACUCGCGUUCUGCGCAGGCUCCUGGAAUUGUUUGUCGUCUCUAUGGCAACACGGUGGCUAGUGCCGGGAGAUGGAGGUCGCGGAGUCUACCCGGCGGCCAUCGCGGGCUCGAUCUUUAGCCGUACAGCCUGGCGCUGAAGGGCUCGGGUCCACUUCAGAACUGUUGCCUUCAGAUGGCAAUCCUAGGUCGGCCCUGGCAGCCGCAACUGCUGCAGCUACCGCCGCAACCACCGCCAAAACUGCGGCGUUCCCCACGAAGACCCCAGAGUGCCGCUCUGAGCCGAGUGUUCUCGGUCGUCCUGGGGAGCCCUGCACUGGAGCCAGCUUUACUCACAAGAUAGGCUGGAGGAGACUUGGCUUUGAGCCUGUCUGUGUUUCCCGUUUCAGCCAGGAUCCCUGUACUACAAAUGACCUUAGCUCUAGUCCCGUCCCUGUUCCUGGCUCCAGUGCUGGUCCUAGCCAUGGCUCUGGCCCUGGCUGUGACUCUGGUCAAGGCACUGGUCCUGAUUCUGGCCCUGGUUCUGCCACUGACACUGGGCCUAGUCCAGACUGUGGCCAUGACCCUGAGCUCAGCCCCUACAGUCUCCCAAGCUUCAGAAACCCUGGGGAAGAGCUGGUCCCUGACUAUAACUCCUGGAAUCACUACAGCCACCACUGGGAACCUCAGAAACAACCCUGGAAAUUUUUGCAAGUUUCAGGACCUGGUGCCCAAGGGCAACAGAAGACCCCCCAGGUUGAAGGGAAGUGUAAGGUUCUCAAUGAAACAUUGCCACGGGGCCACUGCCUUCUCUACAACUGGGAGGAGGAGAGAGCCACCAACCACCUGGAUCAAGUCCCAAGCAUGCAAGAUGGCUCUGAGAGUUUCUUCUUUCGACAUGGACACCAGGGACUCCUGACCAUGCAGCUACCAUCACCCAUGUCCUUCAGCACCACCCAGAAAGACUCCUACCAGCCCCCACGAAACUACUAUCCACCAAUUCGAGGAAAGCGUGAAGCCAUGCUAGAGAUGCUCCUGCACCAUCAGAUCUGUAAAGAGGUGCAGGCAGAGCAGGAACCCAAAGGGAAGCACCCUGAGGUCGAGUCUGUGACACACCACGACUACCGAAAGGAGCUGGUACAAGCCAGGCCUCCUGCCCCAACCAAGCCUCAUGACUACCGAUGGGAGCAGCCUGAAACCUUCUGGAUACAGAGGGCACCACAGCUACCGGGUGUCAGCAACAUCAAGACCCUGGACACGCCAUUCCGGAAGAACUGCAGCUUCUCAACACCAGUACCUUUAUCGCUGGGGCAGCCUUUGCCCUAUGAACCUGAGGAUUAUUCCCACCAACUGGGAGAAAUAUCUUCCCUUGCCUGUCAGGGAGGAGGACAAGGUGGUGAAAUGGGUAGAACUACUAUCUAAGGCUUGAGGAGGGAAGAGGGAUGUGGAAUAUAGAGUCUAUCUCCGUCUGUACUGGAGAGGUG